AUCAAGAAAAUAAUCUUCCUCAAAUGAAAUUUCUUCAAAUUAAUCGGAAAGCUUAGCAUAUUUUUCCAUAAAGUGAAAAGUAACUCUUUAACUGUUAAUUCUUAAUUUGGACGGUGUAGAUUUUUCAGCAGUGGCAAGCUAACCUUAUCUUAACUAUUUUCAUAGAUGCCACUGACCUAGGUGGCGCUUCUGAUAAUAAUUCAUGAAUUUGGCCCAAAUCAAGUAGCCUGAAAAUAAAAUCGUGUUUCGUCUACAAAGAAACUGUUCCUAUGGGGCCUUUUAUGAUUCCCUUCAUGACUCAGCCGGGAAAGCUACAUUUCUUUUGUUUGUGAAAGAUUUUCCUUGUUAACGCAUGGAUGGAAGGGCUCUUAAAGCCUUGCAUUAAUCUCCAACAAAAACCAGGCGGUUCACAUUUUGUUCACAAUCACGUAAAAUUUCGCGAGGUUAUAAAAGGCAGUAGUGUGAGAAGGCUACCAAUUUUGCCUGCUAAGAAAAGAAUGCUUCGAACAAAUGGGUUGCGAGUUUUCGUCCUCUCGGAUUUGCAUACUGACUAUUCUGAGAACAUGGUGUGGAUUAAGGGUCUCUCGGUCAUGAAUUACAAGAAUGAUGUUCUUCUUGUUGCUGGCGAUGUAGCAGAGACAUAUGAGAUGUUUGUAUACACAAUGUCUCUAUUGAAGGAUCGAUUUCAUGGUGUUUUCUUUGUACCUGGGAAUCAUGACCUCUGGUGCAGAAGAAAGGGGGAGAAAUAUCAUGAUUCUCUUGCGAAGCUGAGUGCGUUGCUUGAUGCGUGUAGAGAACUUGGAGUAGAGACAAGCCCAAAUAUUGUAGAUGGUGUAGGGAUCAUUCCUCUCUUCUCAUGGUAUCACGAGAGCUUUGACAGGGAGAAGGACAUAACUGGUGUUGCAAUUCCUUCUUUGAAGAUGGCAUGUAAAGACUUUCAUGCUUGCAAAUGGCCUAAGAACCUCUCAAGCAAAGACCUCUCUCUCGCCAAGCACUUUGAUGAUAUAAAUGCGAAACACACUGAUGCCACUAACGGAAUCGUGAGCAGGAGUAAACAGAUUAUCACAUUCUCCCAUUUUCUUCCAAGGCCUGAGCUCUGUCCAGAAAAGAGAAUGCUGUUCUAUCCAAAUCUCCCGAAAGUCAUUGGUUCAGAUUACUUAGAAGCUCGUUUGAGGACCUUACAUGGGAUCCAUGGAAGCCCACAUGCUUGUCAUAUGUUUGGCCACACUCACUUUUGCUGGGACAUUUGGCUUCAAGGAAUAAGAUAUGUUCAAGCACCAUUAGCAUAUCCAAGGGAAAGGAAAAGGGGAAUGAAUGGAGGCGCCGAGUGGCUGCCUUUCUGUAUAUUUGACUCUGAGAAUGGAGGGUUGCCUCCAAAGUUGUCCGAGUGUUACUGGUCUGACUAUUACACCUCUCACAAAAGAGAACCAGAUAACACACAGCUUGCUCCAUGGGUUGCUAAAUAUUACAGUAGAAGAAAGUGACCCAUAUCUCAAAUAAACAUGUCUCUCUUUAUAAAUAUCAGAUAAUUUUCAUUGCAAAUAAAUUGAUUUUGUAACUGUAAACUUGGAUUCUCAAUUGUGCAUCGUGAUUGAUUCUGUAAUAUUAAAUUCACAUUUAUCAA